AGGUGGACCAACAGAUUCGGUUGCUAGCACGGCUAAAAAUGAUGCAAUGUGAUGAUGUAACCAGGUUUAUGUUUGUGUGUGUUUGUGUUAGCUCCUGUAAGUUUUCCCGUCGGGUGCUGGAGAGGUGUCUUCAUCAGUCUGACACUUUAAUAUUUCCCCCUCUCUGUCUGUAGGGACAGUAAGACUCAGCCUGUGACUGUGCCGAGUCUAGAAAAUAAUGCAGAAGUUGUUUGUGCCCUCAGCCGCCAGCUGUCGUCUCAUCUCAAGCGAGCGACAUGUGCGUUUGUUUGAUUAAAGCACAUGAAGUCAGGCCAUUAAAAGUCUUCUGUCAAAGCUUUGCUGAAAACUGUGUUAACCGCAAUGAAUAAUUUAAAGACAACUAUCAUUUUACUUGAGAUAAGCUUGCUGCGUUGCCAUGGCACAAGUGCAUGUAUUAUUUAACGCCCAGUGUGAGUCUCACUGUAAGGCAGCUUACAGGCUCUCAGUCGUUUUUAGAUCUGUUCAAACUGUGAGGAUUAAACGUCGUAGUAAUCCAUGGGGAACAAACAGUGUGUCUGAGCCGCAUGUCUACCUACGAAUGAGACGCCAGGAGCUACGCUGCAGUGUUGUGGACCAUGUGAUGUGGCAGAGGUCGAGCAAUGGAGGGGACGAUGCUGACGGCGGGACAGGAGAAGCCACAGAAGCGGGUGAGGUUCCGCGUGGCUUCGGGGAACAGCGGCCGGGUGCUGAAGGAGAUGUUCAAAGACGAGGGGCCCUCGGACUCCCUGGACUCAGACUGUACCAGCAGCUCUGACGCCGACCGGGCCAGCACUCCCUCCACAAGCGGAGAUGUGCAGGGACACCUGUAUGGAUACCUGGGCUCCGAGCUGGACGACAGCGAGUGUGAGCCCGAUGAUCUGCUCAUGUACGCAGGGGCCACCAAGGACUGGAUGUUCACCACCAAGAGGGUCAACAUACUCAGUAAAAACGGGACUGUGAGAGGAGUCAAGCACAAAGUCAGCGCCGGUCAGACGCUGUUUGAAAACCUGCCCAACUCUAACAGUACGGAGCUGGCUCUUGAGUUUGGCCGCAUCGUGAUCUACACCACGAGUUUCCGCGUGGUGAGGACGACCUUCGAGCGCUGCGAGCUGGUCCGGAAGAUCUUCCAGAACCACAGGGUGAAGUUCGUGGAGAAGAACAUCGCCCUGGACUGCGAGUACGGGAAGGAUCUGGAGGAGCGGUGCAAACGCGUGGGAGAGCCUCCUUCAUUACCAGUCGUGUUCAUCGACGGACACUACCUUGGGGGUGCUGAGAAAAUACUGGGCAUGAAUGAAUCAGGAGAGCUUCAAGAUCUUCUGACAAGAAUUGAGAGGGUACAGCACCCCCGGACGUGCCAGACCUGCGGCGACUUCGCCUUCAUCCCGUGCCCAAUGUGCCAUGGCAGCAAGAUGUCCGUGUUUCGCAACUGCUUCACGGAUUCCUUCAAAGCCCUCAAGUGCACUUCCUGCAACGAGAACGGCCUGCAGCCGUGUGUGAGCUGCAGCCGGUGAGGAUGUUAAGUGCCUGACCCGACAUCCUCGCCUCACGUCUGUGGAACCAGAACACAGGAGCUUCAACUGGACUGAAUGAAACGCAGCAGGACUCUUCCUCCACGGCCAUUGAUAGUAAAGAUAACAAAAAAAUGAAUUUGUAAUAAAAAAAAAUAAAAUCUGUGAAUUUGA